GCAGUGGCUUUCGAGGUGUGCGCGGAUCUCCGCCUAGUCGCCCGUCAAGCGUUCAGCGCAUCGGUUGUCAAAUGCCGCCUCGGCACUCGAAUUAUGUCAGAGCCACGGGAUAACAGUAGCAAUAACAAUAACGGUGAAAAUAAUAACGGCAAGGAUGUGAGGCUCCUGUUGCUGGCAGAAACAUCCGCGGAUGGCGGUGCCCGGGCCCGGGCCCCCCUCCAGAAGAUAUUCAUUGAUGACCUGACAAAGGCGGGGGAGCCGAAGCGACAGCGUGUUUGGCGUGUGCCCUGGUUUAUAUUGCUGAUGUGCUUUAUGCAGAUAUCUCUGCAUCUGAUUGCCAAUGAGUGCAUGCAAAGAAGACUGAUCUACAAGCCGGAAUGGAGUCACGAGUACUGGCGGCUCCUCACCUACAUGCUGCUCCACGCCGACGCCUGGCACUUGACGCUCAACAUUUGUCUCCAGUGCUUCAUUGGAAUGUGCCUGGAACUGGAGCAGGGUCACUGGCGUCUGGCGGCGGUCUAUUUGGCGGGCGGGCUGGCCGGUGCCUUGGCCAAUGCCUGGCUGCAGCCCCAUCUGCUGCUCUUGGGUGCAUCCGCCGGGGUCUAUGCCAUGCUCUUCAGUCAUGUGCCGCACCUGGUUCUGAACUUCCCCCAUUUGUCGCAUCGCUUCGCCCGGAUCGCCGCUCUGCUGAUCUUGUUCCUCAGCGACGUGGCCUUCACCGCCUUUCACUUUCGCCAGAACCACAAUCGCAAUCCGCGCAUCAGCCUGGAGGCGCAUCUGGGCGGAGGCGUGGCCGGCCUGCUGUGCGGCUUUAUCGUCUAUCAACGUGUGCAGAAAUCCAUCUAUCUGUAGUCUCAAUUAGUUGUAUCUUCCAUUGCUGUUGUUAUU